GUUAUGCCCUUUCUAGUCCACCCUUCUUUAAGGGCUCUCUGCUCUCAGAUAAUGAUGUAGAAGUGAGGGGCGGGUGACUGAGCCAGAAGUCCCCGUUGUACCCUGGGUGAGUACUCCACUAGCAAAGCUGGUUGCAGGCUGCUACCUAAGGAAGGAUGUGGGCGGGAACCCACCAAAGGGAGAAAGGGCGGCGGUUAGAAAGGAUUGAGGGAGCUAGUGCUAUUUGCCUUUCCUUGGGUGUGGGAGGUUUAAAGAGAAGGAGGGAGGGAAAAAGAAAUGUGUGCUCAUUCCCUGCCUCCACUGGUUGAAACAGAGACAUCCAUGCCCCCCACCUCACUUGCGAGAGGAAAGGGUAGUAGAGCAAGUUCACUUUCAGCUGACUCUCUCUAGUCUCUGCUAAAGUAGGAGAAGGAAAAAGAGAAGAGCCCCAUUUUUCAGAGCAGCAAGCUGGAAUUUCAGGGAGCGCCCGCCGAGAUCCAGGGGCUGUGCCUGGUCAGCUCUCACAGUCGAUCUGCAGCUGCUGCUCUCGCAGCGCCACCUCUCUGCCUGCCCUCUGUCUUCUGGCUGCUCCAACUGCAGAGGGCAAAGUCAGCGCCAAGGAAAGCAACAGGUUCGCUCUCGCUCAACUCUAUCCAGGGAGAAGAAAAAGACAAGAGGCACAGUCGGACCUCAGCCGCUGGACCCGGUAGCCCGGCACAGUCCCCUUGAGUGAUUCAUUGCUAUCAGAUCCCUGCAACUCCACAUUAAGUGGCUUCUAGGGCACCAAGGAGACACUGGAUAGGACACAAACCAGCCCACAGGAUCCUUCCUCCUUUGCUGGCUCUUUUCAUUCUCACUUAUUCACGACUGGCUUUUAGAUCUCUUCAACUCUAUUAAUCGGCAAGUUUUAAUCUUAAGAAGUAUAGCGUCUAUUGCUGUUUCUGUCAAGCGUUGACCAGUAGAAGAAAUUUCGUGCCAUUGACCUGAAGCUGCCAGGGAAGUUAGUCAAUCAGUCAACAAGUAUUUAAGUCCUAAAGCGUUCAGCACUGAGUUGAGCUCUGGGGGUACAAACAAAGACAAAUAUAGCCUUGGCGGUGCCCUCUAUUUUCUUCGUAUCGGAGGAACUCAGCCUUUCGAGAAAGAAAAGACUCUGCGGUUCAGCCAAGUCCCUACGCGCCGUUCCUAAAUACAGGGCUUCCGCGCCCCGCUUCCCUUUUCUGCGCUCUGAGCUCAAACUUAGGCCAUGGAACCAGACCUUGCUAUGGAAAACCAGAGCGAAGUGGCUGAGGAAGGAUUGAAUGGGACUCAGCCGAAGCUGACUGAUGGGGAGCUCAAAACCCUUUUUGGUCUUGGCAUCGAGAAUUUCAUCACACUGGUGGUGUUCGGGAUGAUCUUCACUCUGGGCGUGCUGGGCAACACUCUGGUGAUCACAGUUUUGGCGCGUAGUAAACCGGGAAAGCCUCGCAGCACCACGAACCUAUUCAUCCUUAAUCUGAGUAUCGCUGACCUGGCGUACCUACUCUUUUGCAUACCCUUCCAGGCCACAGUGUACGCGCUGCCCACUUGGGUGCUGGGCGCUUUCAUCUGCAAGUUCACACAUUACUUCUUCACCGUGUCCAUGUUGGUCAGCAUCUUCACUCUCUCUGCCAUGUCCGUGGACCGUUACGUUGCAAUUGUCCACUCGAGGCGCUCUUCUUCCCUACGGGUCUCCCGCAACGCUCUGCUAGGUGUUGGGGUCAUCUGGGCGCUCUCCAUAGCUAUGGCCUCACCUGUGGCUUACCACCAGCGGCUUUUCCACCGUGAAUCUGGCAACCUGACUUUCUGUUGGGAGCAGUGGCCCAACCAGCAGCACAAGAAGAUCUAUGUGGUCUGCACUUUCGUCUUUGGGUACCUGCUCCCCUUGCUGCUGAUCUCCUUCUGCUAUGCUAAGGUUCUGAACCAUUUACAUAAAAAACUGAAAAAUAUGUCAAAGAAGUCAGAAGCAUCAAAGAAAAAGACAGCACAGACGGUCCUGGUGGUAGUAGUCGUAUUUGGCAUAUCCUGGUUGCCACAUCAUGUGAUUCACCUCUGGGUUGAAUUUGGAGUCUUUCCAUUGACUACAGCCUCCUUCUUAUUCAGAGUCACAGCACACUGUUUGGCUUAUAGCAAUUCUUCUGUGAAUCCUAUCAUAUAUGCAUUUCUCUCUGAAAAUUUCAGGAAGGCUUACAAGCAAGUUUUUAAGUGUCAGAUUGGCAGUGAAUCACCUCAGAAUAAUGCUAAAGAAAAUAAAAGUCGGAUAGAUACUCCACCAUCAACCAACUGUACUCAUGUGUGAAUUAAACAAAUGUUAUAAUCAGGAAUUGUUGGGUUUCAUGUAAGUGGACCAGAAUUCUAGAAAACAAAGCACAAUAGUCUGCCUGAGAGAUUUGCAAUUGAAUCUUGAUCUAAAAAUUGACUCAAUUACUGAAAUUCUAUGUGCACUAAUUUGUAAAUUCUGUUACCUUAAAUGUCUUAGUGCACUUAGGAAGCCUCUUGGAAGACUCAAUUCAAGGCAAGAAAUUUCUUUCUUCUAAAAAGACAUCCUGUGGAAAUGAGAAAAGAAAGUUUUUGUUAUAUUUCUACACAAGGAAAGCAAUCCUAUAGAUUGUUUCAAUUUCUAUUAGCGAAUUUACCAAUUCCACCAUCAUAGCAUGAGAUUUUUGUGAUGCAUAUUUGAGAACAAAACUAUGUCACAGAAAUAAUGUCUAAUUUCUUUGACUUCAAAACAAGACUUCACUAUUAGAAAUUAUUCAUCAAAAUAUUUGUAGUCGUGGAAAGAACAUUGAAUUUGGAGAGAGGUGACUUAAGAUUGAAUUAUAAUAAUUUAUCACCAGUGUGAUCCUGGGCAAACCAUUUCAUCUUUAAGGGCCUUGAUCUCUUCAUAUGUAGAAAAAGGUGGUGGUGGACAAGAGACUAUUUAAGCCCUAAAUGCUAUGAACCUUUCUUGAUAUUGAACUUGCCAUCAAGUUUUGGUUUGAAUUGAUGAUUUCUUGACUUUUAAAAGGAAACUCAGAACUUUCACUUGAGUAAGACUAAGGAAUUUUAACUAUCUCCAAUGGUCAGAUUUACACAAAAUAUAUUGUACUUUGUAUAAUUAUUGGAGCAUCACUAUUAUGCAGGGUGUGAGAUUUCUUGUCCUUACUCGACAGUGAUGCAGAAAAUUAAUGUUAUUUCCACAUGUCAAGUAAAAUGUUAAGCUUUAACUUGUAAAUAUCUGAAGGACUUGCCAGCAGUAGAUACUUUAAUCAAUGCCUCAUAAUUUGUGAUUUUGGUCAAUGAAGUCAAUGAAGCAGAAUAAUCCAAAACUCAGUAUAAGGUAAUAAAUCAUGUUUAUUUUGUUGUUAGUAGAAAUAAUAUGUGUGUCUAGAGAGUGAGAUUGGAGAUUUAGGGAUUUGUCAAGGUACUUUGCUGAUACAUGUAAAUUUUUGACAGUGCUAUGAUUCCUCUGAUGUCUGAUAAGAUUUGUAUGAUGACAUGAGCUAUGUGGCAAAGAACAAAGCUAUGUAACAAAGAUUAAUUUUUGGAGUGGAUGGAUCUUUGCGUUAUCCUCUCUAAGUCCAAACAGAAAUGUAUUAGCAUUUAAUUAUGACGAUCCCUCCAAUAACUGUUGUCCCCUUAGUAAAUUUCAGUUUUGACUUAAAAGCAUGACAUAUUAAUAUUUAAAAUGUACUUUUCAAGACAAUUUCAAUAUUUAUUGAUAUUUACACUGGAAAAUAGUAUGAAAAGAUAAAAAAAAAAUUCCCAGACUGUGAGAUUCCAGUAUAUUCUGGGCACAGGAGAUAUUACUAUCAGAUUAAUCUUUUUUGAUAGUAUUUUUGUGUGUUAUCCAAUUUAGUAAAAUCAUAACUAUCCAAUAAAAUAGCAGCAUGCAAAUAUGAAUUAAUCUUAAACUUUCUGGCAUCUUUGCCUCAUUAUAUUUUUUGACAAUUGAUUAUAUUCACUGGUAUAUUUUCAGUGAAUGAGUUGAGCUGGUUUCUUCCAUAACUCUUCUGAGAGCAGUGUUUCUUUGUGAAAUGCCAUGAAUUAUGUUUUUGUGUAUUGUACAUUGAAAUUGUUAGCAAGGUCAAUUAUAAUAUGUUUAGAUACCUUUGUGGACCCAGGAUAGAAGUGUGUGUAUGCAUGUGCAUGUGUGUUUGUGUGGGUGUGUGUAAUUUUGUGUAGAUGUGCCAUAAAAACCAUGGUAUCCUGAAAGUCAUACUGAGAAUACUUUUUCAGCCUUAAAAAUUUCCUUUCCAAAUGUCAAAGCAGCUAUGUAUAAUGACACCUAAAUAGGUGCAAAUACUUUCCUGGUCAGGUGGGACCCUUAAUCAUUCUCUAAUUCUGUCAAGUUGCUGUGGAGCACUCUUAGCCUCCUGUAAAGUGGAGGGAGCAUGGUGAUUGUUAUUCUCAGAGAUGUUUGUUAAGAAGUAUGUUGAGCCUUAGUUUCAUCUCUCUCUCCUUUCCAUUUCCAUGUUCCUAUCUAGGUGCUUUUGCUAUAGGAUAAGCUAUAACCCAAGUGUAAUAUUUUAAUAUGAAAAAGUCACAAUUGACAUGUAUAAAGCUCUGAGUGCUUGUCUAGUGCUUUCUGUUCAAAUAACAAAUUUAAAUAAUCUCAGUGUAUUGCCAGAGAGAAUAUCUACUUUGUCUUGAGCAUUUCUCUUUUCGUUUUUAGGUAUACCAUACCUAUAAUGAAUUCUUUUAAAAGAUAAUUGUAAUCUUUACACUUAGACCAUAGAUUUGUAGUUCAAAUGAAAAUUUCUAAAUACUGAAGAAUAAUAGAGAGUAAAAGGAGGGUCAUGGAUUUUAGCCAUAAAAGAGCAUCUUUCUUCUUUUAUUUUAAAUGUGCUUCUUUAGCUUUUCCCUAAUGGAAAUUUUCUGAUUAAUUUCUAAACUAGAAUUAAUCCGAUAAAGACUGAAAUUCUUGCUCUUUAGCCAUUAAAUAAUCUUCAAAUGCCAAAUACAUUAUUUUUGUUCUAGCAAGUCAGAAAGAGAAAUGUAGUAUUUGGCUUUAAUGUUUGGUUGCCUGUUUUGGAAGCUUGUUUAUAACCUAACUUCAAAAAAAGAUGGAUGCUUUCCCCUUCAACUCAUUGUCUCCUCUGUGCUUUAAAGCAGCUGCUCUUCUUUAGUGAUUAUUAUAAUUUUUUUUUUACUUUCAUUGAAGGAUGCAGAAUCUAUAGCAUUUGACAUCAUUCUGAGAUCCUAUUUUGUGUGUAACUCUUGCAGCUGUCCACUGCUGAAUAUAAUGGUUGGGUAGGGAGGACUUCCCACAACCAGAUAGCCAAGAGACCUCAUAGAGCUAUCCUUUUCCUCUGAUCUCUGCUAGGUUUCUAGAACCAACAGAGUGGAGGAUUCAGGAUAUUUUCCAGAUGAUUUAGCUAACACAUUUACAUUUCCUGCCUUGGACUAGCUGAAUUCUAGACAUUGUAGCUUGCUCACAUAUGUCUUCUUUUCUAUUUUGUUUUUUAGCAUUCUAAUCCAUCUCUCUUUGCAGUGCUAAUUAUUCUUUAUUACAAAUACACAUGAACUUUAAAUUUUCAUCUGGAAACCAGAAGCAAAUCCAGCUCUCUCUCUCUCUCUCACACACACACACAUUUAUAUAUAAGAGGAAAUGCUUUUUCAAAUUACAUGAGUCAAUGGGUCAUGGAAUAUUCAAUUGAAAAAAACUUUCUGGCAGCUUUGUACUGUGAUAUUAUAGAAAAUCAUGUUUGCUGAAUUCUUUCAAAAGCAAAAAGAAGGGAGUAAUGUUAAUUGUGGUGAAUCACUUUUUGUAUAAAGGAUAGUCAUUUAUGUAAUCUUCUAUUUCCUUUUCCCUAGAGUAGCAUAAAAUAAUCUUUUGCUCAUGCAUCUUUUAAACAUCCAUUUAGGGUCAUUAUACAUUAAGAGACAUUCUAUAUAUGUGUAACUAUUAUUUGUCACAGGAAGGAUUUAUUAGUUCAUAUGAGAAUUUUCUAGGCACUGUGAAAGAAUUUGGUAAAAUCCAAAUGAUUCUUGCCUUUCUAAGAAUUUGUAAUCUAAAAUCUAUAAGAUUUUACAUAUCCAUACAUACACAUACAUAUGUACCAAUAUAUGUGUACAUAUAUUGAUGUCUUAUAUUUAUGACCUUUUCCAUGAAAGGGGAUUACUUUCAUGACCUUUUAAAAUAUUAUGAAUGAGUAUAUUUGGCAAUUACAUAUGAAUUAUUAUACUUUAAAAGGCAAUGUUAAACUUGGGUUUGUUAAAGGAUUAGUAGAUAAAUUGCUAGUUCAUUUUAAAUAGUUAUUGUGAAUAAUUUCAAUGAUUGUUUUAAUAUUUUUCUUUCAGUAUAAAAUUAUUGAAAUAUAUUAAUCCAAAGGAGAGAUUAAACUAUUUAAGUCAUUUGAAACUUUGAUCAAUGCUGUAUAUUGUAUAAGGCAAGUUGUACCCAUAGGCAUAAUGUAUUGGGGGCCAAAUAUUUAAUUUUAGUGUCCUACUGUAGUUGUUAACAUUAUAAAAAUACCAAACAAAGUUUGAAUGAGGAUAUGCUUUUUACACUGAAGGAGGUCCACUCAUCAUUCACUGAUUCCUCCUGUGCUCAUAUCCUGGGGCUCAUAAUGUCAACUUGUCUAUCUAACCAGCUAGAUAGUUCUUUAAAAUCAAGACAUUGGUAGAGAUAUUUGUUUACUUGCUUUCCAAGUUACUCUAUUGUAUAUCAGUAAGCACUUAUCUUUCUUCAGCUUCUUUCUAUGUGCUACUACUCACUUUAUAGUCAUGUUGUUUUUUGAAGGAACAAAUUUAAGAUGACUAAUAAAAAUGAGUCCUCAUGACUGCUCAAGGAUGUGAAGGGAUUUAAUCAAGCUAUAACUUUGACAAAGGUUGAAUAUUUUUAUCCCUACUCAGGCCAAACCAUUUUGUGAAGUGAAAGAGAAAACAAAUACUUUCCUAAAAAAUUGUGAUAGAUUUCUACCAUUUGACUUUUUAGUGUCCUUCUGGCAUAUCAUAUCACUUAAUUAAAAAUAAUAUACCAGAUACUAAAGUCUUAUAGCUAAUUUACCUGGCCUUUCUUAUUUCCUUAAGCAAUGGUUGGCUUCUUCCACCACCUUUCUGAACAGACAUAGAGUCAUAGCGCAUGCCAGGAGAAUUUUGUACAUCACAUCCAGAUUUUCCAUUCCUAAGAUCAGAAUUUGAUUAGUUCUAAAAUCAUUUAUAUGCUUCUAUUACAAAUAUCAUAGUAAACUUUAACCUGUAGUUAAAUAUAAGUUGUGUGUAUUUUGUGCUGUGUCUUUGUGUGUUGUGUUGUGAGAAUCCGAAUAAUGUUCUUUUUCUAUGUGAAAACAUGCUCUGAAGAAAUACUUCAGAGCCUUGGGUCUCUAGACAUCAUUUGACUAGUAUUGUUGAAAGAUGAACUGUAGUUAUUAUAAAAGUAGCUGACACUCCUCAAUAAUAAUGUUGAAAUAUAUGGCUGUUUUUAAUUCAAUGUAAAGGCUACUGGAAGCACAUUUUCUUAAAGAUACUAUUUAAUACACUAUAACUACAUAAUGUAGUUAUGGCUUACCAUCACUAGCCUCUCUUAUGUAUCAAAUAGACUUAGAUGAUGUAUAAUGAAAAAAAUGUUGAACCUCAAUCUCCUGGAAAAUGUCCAUGAACAUUGUCCACUGGAUACUAUGCUCAUAUCUUUGUGAUGAUACUCAAAAUUUUAAUGUCCUGGUGGUUCAAGAGAUCAGUGCAUAUCAUAUAAUGACUAUUUUCUACUAUUGCAUAGAAUUCAAUCUCACUUCACCUAAUAUUAUUAUUUUCAUUAUUUUUCUCAUAUAUGUCAUUUUCUUAAGAUUAAUCAAACUUGAGAUGGGCUAUUCUACCAUUUUUGAAGAAGUUUGCACAUGACUAGAAAUUGACCCUUUCCCAUAGAUUCCAGUAGGCUGUCUUCCAGCCCUUCUCUCAUUCUAUAAAAGCAAACAAUAAAAAACAAAAGCAUAGAAUAUGUAUUUUAAAAAGACCCACUUUUUAAAAUGAAAAGGGCUAUGGUUUGAAUAAGGAGAUCUUAGCACCCCUUUUUUUUGUUUUGGUAAUUUGGUGCAACUUAUACUUCCCUUCUCAUAAAGAUAUUUUUAGAUAAUUGACAGGAAUGCUAAAUUUCAUCUAGAGACUAAUUAAAAUAAUUUUUCUCUAUUCAAUUUUUCAGAUCUCUUGAAAUUGAUCAAUAUACUCUUUUUUGAGGAGAAAUUCAUGAAUUCCUGAUUAAGGACUUUCAAGGUAGCAUGUUCUAGCAGAAAGAAUAUCAGACCAGGUGGAGUCAGAAAACCAUCAAAUACUAAUUUGAACAAGUACUAGCCAGUAGACCAUGGACAAGUAAUAUCCCUUCUCUGAGCCUCAAGUUCUUCAUUUAUAAAAGGAAACAAAAAUAUGCAUGUUACUUAUCUCAAAGAUUGUUGUAAGGGAAGCCAAUUAUAAAGUUGAAACUGUUAUAAAAUCUGAUUUGUUCCUGGGCCUACCAAUUAAUUAGCACAUAUUUAUUAACCACUAAUUUUAUGCCUUGUACUGUAUUAGACCUAGUAAUUACAUUUAGAGAAAGGAUCAAUUCCUACUUGAAAUGAUCUUAUAAAUUCAAAUAUCAGCUUAUUUUUUAUUUAUCCUAUUUAUGUUUUCCCUUUGAUCAUAACAUCCUUCAGGUGCACUUUUAAUGAACAAAUUUACCUAUACAUAGCAUUUAUAAUCAAUGAGUGGGGAAGGAGAAAAAGAAGAAUGAGAAUAAUAGUAAGAAGGUAAGGGAUGAUAUGAGAUACUAAAAGAUGAAGAGGAAAGAAGAAUAUUUUGAACUAAGAGAUUUUUCUUCCCCAUUGAGGAGACAAAAGGAUGAUUAACUAUAGGGACAUGCUUCAUAGGACUUCCAACAUGAUAAUAAACAUUUCUGAGCAGUAGCCAUAAGAAGACCUGGCCAACUUUCACCACUUUUGGGGUCAACUAGACUCUAAAAGUCUGGAGCAGAAGAGAACUGUUAAUUGAUAGGAUUGUUGGUUUCUUUGUCACCAUGAUUCUAAGUCAGAUUAUAUCUCUGCUGUAUUAGAAUAGACAAGCUUAUGAUAGGCCCUUUGCCAAGGUUAAAAAUUGGCAAAUGAAACUUUCAAAAGUGGGGAGAAGUAAACUGGAGAAAUAUGAGAAAUAGUUAUUUUCAGAUUAUUUCUCUUCUACUAACUCUCCCUCCCCCUUUUCAUUCUCUGUCUUCUAUUUCAUCAUUAUGCUUUUUUAACCAUUGUAAAAAUUGGCAUAUAGUUUACUAAAAACUUGUUUAGGUCUACUUUGAUUCCCAUUGCCAGGCUUAAUUGUUUUCUGAUUUAUUAUCUUUAAUCUAGAUUUUACAGGGUCAUAAUACCUUUUGUUUUGGAUUUUUCAAAUUUGCAGAAAUAAUGGGAAACAUAGAAUUCAAAGGACUUUGUGCUUAUCAUGUCACUUUUAUCUGAUAGUCCAUUUACUUCCUAAUGAUAUCAACUUUUGAUACUAGUUUUCCAAAGAUGCUUGACAAACAAGUAUUGUUCCUAAAGUUAAAAUUCAUGGUCAUCAUCAAAAUGCAUUUGCUAAGUAUUUGUGCACAGUGUUAUUAUAGUGUAGGGUAGCUGGUAACAAUUUUUCUUAUAUAAUUAAAUUUUAUUUUCCUAUCUUAAAGAACUCGUCACUUUAUCUUUUUUCAAAUAGGAAGUAUUCUAUGAUUUUCUUUAAGGAAGCAGGGAAACAAAAUUACCUGUUCAGUUCAACUUCCUGCCCUCAAUAUUUCAUGGCUUUUUUCCCCCUGGAUAUUCCAGGAAGAUUUGAGGAAGCAGACCUAGAAGAUGAUGAUGAUAAUUGUGGGAGUGGGUUUGGACAUAGUGGCAAAUCCUUUACAUUUGGAUUACUUUUGUAAACUGGACAACUGAAGUUCCUAAGGAAUUUAGAAAGGUUGUUUUUUUUUGGCAAAAGAUUUCCCUUUCAAAGAUAACAAAAAAUUGCUCCAGGCAAAGAAUAAGGAGAUAGGUGACAGAAAAAAAGACUAUUACUAAAGGUCAGAGGGAGAUCUUGAUCAUUAUUGAAGAAACAUGUAAUCCUUAUAUUAGUAAGUAAAAUCUUUCCUUGUUUUGGAUCUAUGAAAUUAUGGAGGUAAUACUAAUAUGUUUAUAAAAUAAAAAAAUUGACCAUUUAUUUGGUGAAUAUCUUAUUCUAUUUCAUUCCUUAAGCUUUAUCUCUUGGAAAUGGAAGCUUAGAAUGAAUGCAAAUUGCAUAUUCUCAUGCCAUAAAGAAACAGAGGUGAAAUGACUUCAAACAAUAGAAAUGAUUCUGCUGCUUUUGGUAUAUACUCCUUCAAGGUGAAUGGUCAUGACUUGAUGUGAAGAAAUACCGUGAUAAUUAUUCCAUGCCUAUCUAAAAGGAGAGUAGAUCCUUCCUGAUAUUGAGAAAAGACUUGAGCACUACCUUGUGGAUAUCAUUAAAAUUAUGUUUACUUGAUUGGGACUGGCUUUCAUCAUAGUAUUUAAACAUGGCCUGAGCCCCUGUAGCCAGUUAUGUUCAUAAUCUCAAAAAAUAGGAAAACCUUUAUUGGUUGGAGCCCUUCUCCUAAAACAAAUCUAUGAAGAUUUCUCCUGACCAAGUGAAUUUAAUGGAAGAAUUAGGUUCCUGACUGAGUUACAUUCUAACAAGGAAAGGUAGAGAAUUCUACCUGCAAAAUCAACUGUGUUAGCUGACCUAUCAUUUUAGCUCAAGUUCAAUAAAAAUUUUUUUUUGCUAUGUAAAAUAAUAGUAAAACAAGACUUCUAUAAAAAGUAAGGGUGAGUCCUUGGUUAACAAGGCAUUUUGUUGUUGAUUAACCACAAGAGAAUCUUUUCACCUAGAAAAUCUUGCAUCCUUACUACAAAUGAUCAGGUGCAUUCUAAAAUUGUUCUGUGGUUGGGAUAGUUAACCAUAGGAACCUAAGUUUGAUUUCUUUAAGGAGUACUAGCAAUUCUUGAAUUCAUAUCUCUUCCACCAUGUAAUGAAAUGAUAUUCAUUUAUGGAAAGUUAUAGCUUGGCAAAUUUUAUUGCCAAAGUCUGAAAAUUAAUUGAAAUAUAGCAUUUUGGUAAGAAAUAACUUGAUAUGGUAGCUGGAAAGUUAUUCUUGAAUGAAGCUGAGUUCAGGUUCUCUUUCCAGCACAUACUGGAUGUAUGACCCUGAGCAAGUGACUUAAAUUCUUAGUACUCUAGACAACUUGAGGAGAAGGUCCCUACCUGUUUUCAUAAAAAGGAUUUCCAAAACUGAAAUUUCUAAAUAACAAUGAAAUCAUUCAUCUAGUCCUUUCCCUAAAUCAAUUCCUUUCAUUAAGACUUAAGAACACCUUUAUUUAUUUUGUGCCAUUCUCCCCAUAACUACCUCUAUAACUUCAAAUGAAAUGCUUACGCAAUUUUUUAACUAAGGGAACACUGAAGUUUUCAAGAUAUUUUAAAAAUAGGAUUAGCCCUAAUUUAGAGGGUCUGGCUUUAAAUAAUAAAAACAUACCAGAGUAAAAUUGGCCCAUCCAAAAUAUUUGAAACAUGAAAUACACACAAACACAUAUAAAUUCUACAUUCCAUUCAUGGUCCACUAAGUUUCUAGCACUCAUAAAAUGUAUGCAUGUGUACAUGUACCAUAUAGGCAAAAUAUUUCUCUAUAUAUGAGUUCAUGUAUAUAGUGUACACUUGUAUAAGUACUCAUAUAUAGACAUAAUUUGUAUGCAUAUACAUCUAUAUACAUGCAUUUCAUUUGAAUACAAAUCUCUGAGUACAUUUGCAUAUGUGAAGUAACAGGUUGUGACAAUUACUUAGUUCAGGUAAAAAGACCAUAUAUAUUAGACAUAUAUUGGAAAGAGCUCUGGAUAUCAGCUGAACUUGUUUUGGUGCUGACUUUGCUCCUAUAAAGCUUGAGACCAAUGGAUAAUAAUUUCCUUUCUCUAGACCUUUUUGUUUUUCAUCUGUAAAGGCAGGUAUUGGUCUGAAUGGACCCCUUUGACUCUAAGUUAUAUAAAUAUAAAAUUAUGCAUUUUGAAAGUGGCCUGUCAUUUAGAUUUGUGGUCUACACUUCUCAGAUUAGCAAAAUAUUAGCUUAACUUUUUAGUAAGCUUUUCUUGGUAUAACCUUUCUUCAUGGAAUCCCCACAACUACUAUGGGAAGAUCAGUUUUUGCUUAUUUUUCAGUGAUUUUUGAGCAACUUUUUUUUCUAAGUAUUAUACAUAUACCCUCAAAAAUCAGUAUUACAAUAUUAUUACUCUAAUAAUUUUCAUAUGUUUAGGAAACUGGCUCUGUUCUAAAAGUGGUGUAAUGGUUCAUUGCACAUUAUUAACAUAACAUUUAACUCAUAGGUUAAGAAAACAAAGAAGCUGCCUGUAUAUUCACAUUAUUUCUAUUCUUAAAAGAAGUAUUAAGGAAAAGAUAUUUAAAAUCUGUUACAUAUAAUUUUUAAGGCUGUAUAAUUUGAAUGUAUGCAUGUGUUUUGUGAUUGAAUUUUCUUUGUCUUGUACAUUUUAGCUUUGAAGUGAAACAACUUUAUUAUCUCUGAGAGAUAAGGACUGUUUGUAUUGCCCUGAAUGUUUUACACUGAAGAAAUAUUUCCAGUACAUAUAAAUUGUGUGAAUUAUGAAAAAUUAUAAUCAUUGUGUUUUUAUAUUGCAAAGUGGGUUUAGUCUAUAUUCAGCGUAUGACUGCUGAGCCUGGUUAUAUUUAAGCCUGAUAACAUUUACACUCAUUAUCUAAAGACCUGAUAAUGAAACUUUUCUAUAUAGAUAUAACUGUGGCAUGCACACAAAUUCUUUGAAAAGCUACUAAAAUUAUGAGUCUAUUUAGUUGACUUAUGAAGCAUGUAGUCAUUCUAAAUUAUUGUACUACUUUGUUCUGUAUGGUUCCCAAUGGAUCUUUAUUAUGUAAAAUUGAAUAUAAUUAUGAUGCAUUAAAAAUAAAAGAGAUCUUAAUACGU